UGUCCUGGUCGUACCUGUCUCGCUGUGAGAGGCUGCUCCGCCAGCAGCUCCCGCCUCCUCAUUCAGCUACUAGGAAGGGGGAACUGCUCCCGCAGCCGCGUGUGUCGCUUCAGAGCGGUGAUGUUCCUGUCUGCAUCCGUUUAGCUGCUCCGGGACUCGCUGGGAAACAGACGUGGCUCUGGGAAUUCCGGGACGUGGAUCGUGGCAGAGGGAAGAAGACAGGGGGGUGGGGGGAUCACUAGCUGCCACUACGGGAGUGACGUAUGGGAAUAUGGCGGAGCAUCACCCGGUUUCCGAAAACAAACACAAAUCCCAGCUGAACUCCGCAGCGUCGGUCUCGGGGAACGGACGCAGCAGCGCGGCGGAGACGGAGAGAGUCGGUACCGGGGCAGGAGGUCUGUCCGGCGGCCUGUCGCAGCCGGCCGGAUGGCAGUCCCUGCUGUCCUUCACCAUCCUGUUCCUGGCCUGGCUGGCGGGAUUCAGCUCCAGGCUCUUCGCUGUCAUCCGCUUCGAGAGCAUCAUCCACGAGUUUGACCCCUGGUUCAACUACAGGGCCACUCACCAUCUCACCACCAAGGGUUUCUACGAGUUCCUGAACUGGUUUGAUGAGAGAGCCUGGUACCCCCUGGGCAGGAUUGUCGGAGGAACAGUGUACCCGGGCCUCAUGCUGACGGCGGGCCUCAUCCACUACGUGCUGAACCUGCUGCACGUCACCGUCCACAUCCGGGAUGUGUGCGUCUUCCUGGCGCCGGUGUUUAGUGGCCUGACGUCCAUCUCCACCUUCCUGCUGACGCGAGAGCUGUGGAACCAGGGGGCGGGGCUGCUCGCAGCGUGCUUCAUCGCCAUCGUUCCAGGCUACAUCUCCCGCUCGGUGGCCGGCUCCUUCGACAACGAAGGCAUCGCCAUCUUUGCCCUGCAGUUCACCUACUACCUCUGGGUGAAAUCAGUGAAGACUGGAUCCGUGUUCUGGGCCAUCGGAUGCUGCUUGUCCUACUUCUAUAUGGUGUCGGCUUGGGGCGGCUACGUCUUCAUCAUCAACCUCAUUCCUCUCCACGUGUUCGUCCUUUUGCUGAUGCAACGCUUCAGUAAGAGAGUCUACAUAGCUUACAGCACCUUCUACAUUGUGGGUCUGGUCCUGUCCAUGCAGAUCCCCUUCGUGGGCUUCCAGCCAAUCAGGACCAGUGAACACAUGGCAGCAGCAGGUGUGUUUGUUCUGAUGCAGGUCUACGCCUUCCUGCUGUAUCUGAAGGACAGACUGACCCGGCAGGAGUUCCAGACUCUGUUCUUCCUGGGGGUGUCUGUGGCUGCUGGGGUGGUGUUCCUGUCCGUCAUCUACCUGACGUACACAGGUUACAUCGCUCCGUGGAGCGGACGCUUCUACUCCCUGUGGGACACCGGCUAUGCCAAGAUCCACAUUCCCAUCAUCGCAUCUGUGUCGGAGCAUCAGCCCACCACCUGGGUCUCCUUCUUCUUUGACCUGCACAUCCUGGUCUGCACCUUCCCUGCAGGCCUCUGGUUCUGCAUCAAGAACAUCAACGAUGAGCGCGUGUUUGUGGCCUUGUACGCCAUCAGCGCCGUGUACUUUGCUGGAGUGAUGGUGCGUUUGAUGCUCACGCUGACUCCGGUGGUGUGCAUGCUCUCGGCCGUGGCCUUCUCCAGCGUUUUCGAACACUACCUGGGAGACGACAUGAAGAGGCAGAGCCCGCCUGCAGAGGACAGCGGCGACGAGGACGACAGGAAGAACGCCGGCAACCUUUACGAUAAG